GGGGGGAGAGAGACUUGGUAUUUGCUUGAUAGCAGAUGAUAGCAGAACGAACGAUUUGUGGCUAAAGAACACACAUUGCUGACGUUGGCUAACGUUGCCGGUUUGAGGAGUCUCACGAUAGGUUUUGAAUUUUUCAUGGUCACAUCGGUGUUGUAAGAAACUUCGAUAUUACAUCAGUUUAUUUAAUUGAAGGAGAUAUAUUUUUGCAGGUAAAAAUUCAAGAUGUCAGGCAAAACAGAGACGAUAACAGAAAGUAUUUAUACAUCGGAAAAAUAUGGUAGCGAUGAAACGGGAAAUGGCUCUGAGAAUAAACCAUUUAAAACUGUUCUAAGAGCAAUGCGUCAUGCUGGCAAAGAACCUUUCCCGAUUAUUUACCAGGAUUCUCGGGAAGAUGGUAAGAAGUACGAGCCGGCAUCCAAGUCUCAGUUAAAGAAGGUACAAAAAAUCUGGGUGAGAGAACAGUAUAAAAAGAAUGAAAAUGAGAACAAAGUAUUAGAAGAUGAAGAGAAAAGAUUGAAAAAUCUAGAAGAAGCUAAAGCGAUUGUGAUAGAAGAAGACAAGUCUCUACCUGAGGCGAAACAGAUUAAACUAAGAGAAGCUUCAAGUCACAAGGAUGAAAGGAUUAAAGUAUUUGGAUGGGUGCAUAGACUGAGACGACAAGGCAAAGCUCUCAUGUUUAUCAUGCUGCGAGAUGGAACAGGCUUUCUGCAAUGCGUACUGUCUGGCAAGCUUUGCCAAACGUACGACGCCUUGCUUCUUGCCACAGAAGCUGCUGUUCAGUUGUUUGGAACCUUGUGCGUCGUUCCCGAAGGAAAGAAUGCACCUGGUGGACUUGAGUUGCAUGUUGAUUACUGGAAACUUAUCGGAUCAUCGCCUCCUGGCGGUGCUGAUUCAAUUUUGAACGAAGAAGCUCUGCCAGAUGUACAGUUAGACAACAGACACAUUAUGAUCCGAGGCGAAAAUACAUCGAAAAUCUUGAUUAUGAGGUCGGUAUUGACACAAGCGUUCAGAGAUCAUUACAAAGAUCGUGGAUAUUACGAAGUAACUCCUCCAACUUUGGUGCAGACACAGGUGGAAGGUGGCUCGACUCUUUUCAAAUUAGACUAUUUUGGAGAAACCGCUUUUCUCACUCAAAGUUCUCAACUGUAUCUUGAGACUUGCAUUCCUGCGAUGGGAGACGUGUACUGUAUCGCUCAGUCUUAUCGAGCGGAGCAAUCGAGAACACGUCGUCAUCUUGCCGAAUACACGCACAUCGAAGCGGAAUGUCCAUUUAUUUCGUUUGAUGAUUUACUCGACCGAUUAGAAGACUUGAUUUGCGAUGUAGUCGAUCGAGUUCUGAAAUCGCCUUAUGCCCAUAUAGUGAAGGAAUUGAACCCCGACUUCCAAGUGCCGAAGAAACCUUUCAAGCGAAUGAACUACAGCGAGGCGAUCGAAUAUUUGCGAGAGCACAACAUCACGAAAGAAGACGGCAGUUUUUACGAAUUUGGAGAAGACAUUCCAGAAAUGCCAGAAAGAAAAAUGACCGAUACUAUCAACGAACCGAUAAUGCUUUGCCGUUUUCCUGCUGAAAUUAAAUCGUUUUACAUGCAACGUUGUUCGGAAGAUAAUCGCUUGACCGAGUCCGUCGACGUACUUUUACCGAACGUGGGUGAAAUCGUUGGCGGUUCAAUGCGUAUUUGGGAUUACGAAGAAUUGAUGGAAGGUUACAAACGCGAAAAUAUCGAUCCAACUUCGUACUACUGGUACACGGACCAGCGAAAGUACGGAACUUGUCCUCACGGAGGUUACGGAUUGGGAUUGGAACGAUUUCUCUGUUGGAUGUUGAACAGAUACCACAUACGCGAAGUAUGCCUAUAUCCGCGUUUCCUGGAACGUUGUCGCCCGUAAGAACCAUUCCAUAAUAAUAUGGAGUUCGCAUCAGUGACGUUUUAGCAAAACUGUUUUUUGCUUUAUAUUCUUUACAAAGUAAGCAGAUUACUUUUAAAAAUAUGCAUUUAAAUAUAAUUACAAAAGAUGAUUAAUAAUAGUAAUAUAUAUCAAGAGACGUUCUCGCGUCACAUGCUCGACACGUGAUGAAAAUCUACUUACAAAUAGAUCUGCGAUUUCACAAAUCCAUUUUCUCGAGUGUCGAUUAUUUGUUCUUCUUCCUUAUCUUCAUCCUGUAAACUCUACACCUACGUAUUGUUUGUUGUACGUAUAUACAGAAACACACACGUACGUUGCAAAUAUUUAACCAUUUUUAUAAUGAAAACUAUUUACACUGUGUUUAAAAAAAAAACUGUAUUCUUAAAAAUA